AGGGAAAGUGCGAAAUUUCGUGUCUAGCAUCGCACCAGGAUUCAAUGGUGUGAAUCAGAGCAUUUCAAGCCAAGACCUCUUCAGCGAGCAUGUUGAGAGGUGGGAUAUGGCGGAAUCGGAGCCGUUUUAAUCGAGCUCUCGGCUUUCAAGUUGGCCAAGUUCGCGCGAAUUGGCAACAAUCCGAUCCCUCAAGCACAAGUUCGUCGUCAAACCCGUCACAUUCCAGUCGCGAAGGAGAUAAGGCCUUGCCAUGGCGAACAUCGGCGGCACCGCCAUCCGCGAAUGCAGCUAGACUUUCCGCUGGUAGCAAAAGCUGGGGAAGUAGCUGGGGACCUUCGAGUAUCACGGCACGCCCUGCAGGAGCCGAUGCGGAGAUUGACAAUGGACUUCUGCCUCAUGAACAAACAGCUCGAGCUGAGGCAGCCCGGCGAAAGGCGGCAGCUCCAGCAGCUACUGAAGUCUCGGGCUCGGGGGCGCAGUCCACAGCUGAGGCUCGGGCACAGGGGUCCAAUGCCUCGAGUCCUCCAUCAUCGCAGAGGUUGUCCGGCAACACCGCGCCUCAUUUUCCCCGUAUAGUUCCCGCACGCAUCAGGCCAGCAGCUCCCGAUCGAGACCGCCGGGCCCCACCACGCCCACCUGUAGGCCUCGAUCCCCGUCAAUCACUCUCCCGUCCUCCGUCAGGCCCGAGACGACUCCCUCUGGAACAAACAGAAUCUCAUGUCGAUGGGCACAGACCGCACCGUUUAAGGCCGUCUCCGUUUGCUUCUCUAAAAGCAGAAAUCAAUGCUUCAUUCGACCUUCGUGGUGAUGCAGAACUGCCGCGGCAAACGUCCCGAGAGACUAUGGGGAGGAUAAGUAUGGAUUCGGUUUCUGGCGGCGGGGAAGGGAAUCGACCAGAAUGGGCACAUCUUCGCAGGCGACAUUUACCACAUACCUCUACCGAGCGGCCGAAGAGCCUCGACUCCUUUGUAGGUCGCCCGAGCUCUGUACUCGGCAAAAGUGGCCGCAAACUUGCCACCCCCUCCGAAACCCAGAGCGAGAGUUCUGGUGACCCCUGGGCCAGGGUCCAAAGUCAACUUGAAAACCAGGCUGCUAGCCAGGAGAGCAGGGAGAAACCGGUCGAUUCUCGCAACUGGGACUGGGUCGACAACUUUGAAAACAAAAAGGUCCGUGGUCGGUUGGACGCGGAUUCAGGGGCUCGGAGAGAAUCCAGUGCCUGGGAAAUUAGGGAGCAAGAGCCGAAUAUAACGCCUCAAGAAGGAGCGGGUGGAGCGGGGCCAUGGAGGCGAGAUCAGUUCGCCCGGCCCGAUGCGGAUCGGGGGUUCGAUAGGAGGAACCGCCCUGAGCGACCGAAGAAGCCAAAGGUCUACCGGCAGCGAAAUGACCAGGACGAGGACGAGGAUUUUGACGAGGAGCACGUAAAGGAACGGCGACGCCGCAAAGCGGAGAAGAAGGCCCAGAGGGAGAGGAAACAGCUGGCCGCCGAGCAAGCCGGGCCGACGCCAAUUCUUCUCCCCGAGUUCAUCAGCGUUGCAAAUCUCGCUGUUGCCCUCGGUAUAAAGCAGGAUAUAUUCCUUCGACAGCUCGAAGAACUGGGCUUUGAGAACAUUGGCCAUGACAACAUCAUGACUGGCGAGACUGCAGCCCUGGUGGCACAAGAAUAUGGGUUCGAGCCCUCGGUAGACACAGGAGAGGGAGUGGAUCUCAAGCCGCGACCCCCGCCGGAAGACCCAUCAACCUUGCCGCCGCGGCCGCCGGUAGUGACCAUCAUGGGCCAUGUUGAUCACGGCAAGACCACGUUACUCGACUACCUUCGGAAAUCGUCUGUUGCAGCACAGGAGCAUGGCGGCAUCACCCAGCAUAUUGGAGCGUUCUCUGUUCAGAUGUCGACUGGGAAACGAAUCACGUUCCUUGACACCCCUGGGCACGCAGCUUUCCUGACGAUGCGCCAGCGGGGUGCCCUUGUAACUGACAUAGUCAUUCUGGUUGUUGCGGCCGACGAUAGCGUGAAGCCUCAGACCAUCGAGGCCCUGAAGCACGCCAGGGCGGCCAAGGUCCCAAUCAUUGUGGCUAUUAACAAAGUCGACAAGGAUGAAGCUCGAAUUGACCUCGUCAAGUCUGACCUGGCCAAGAACGGGGUUGAGAUUGAGGACUACGGCGGCGAUGUGCAGGUCGUCUGCGUCAGCGGGAAGACGGGGCAGGGAAUGGACGAUCUGGAGGAAAACAUCGUCACGCUCUCGGAAAUCCUUGACAUGCGGGCAGAGCCGGAUGGCAUGGCGGAGGGGUGGGUGUUGGAGUCGAGCGUGAAGCCGAUCGGCCGCGUUGCAACGGUGUUGGUGAAGCGAGGCACUCUCCGGAAAGGCGACUGCAUCGUUGCCGGGAAGGCGUGGGCCAAGAUCAAGGUCCUCAGGAACGAAGCUGGGGUCGAAGUCGAAGAGGCUCCGCCCGGAACCCCGGUUGAGAUCCUUGGCUGGAAGGAACCUCCCGAUGCCGGCGACCAAGUUCUCCAGGCUCCCGACGAGGGCAAGGCCAAGGAUGCAGCUCACUACCGUGAUGAGCUCGACCAGAGGGAAAAGGCCGUGGCCGAUAUCGCCCGGCAGGACCAAGAGAGACGCGAGCGUGAACUGGCUGUCGCUGCCACUGAUGAUGGUGCCGAGGAGUCGGGCGAGACGGAUCCCGAGAGCCCCAAAACCAAGAUCAUCAAUUUCGUCGUCAAAGGCGAUGUGCAUGGCUCGGUCGAGGCCGUUUGCGCUUCAGUCGUGGAAAUCGGCAGCAACGAGGUCCGGCCAAGGAUUCUACGUUCUGCCACCGGUCAGAUUACUGAGUCCGAUGUCGAGCAUGCUGCCACGUCGGGCAGCCUCAUCAUAAACUUCAACAACACCAUCCCAGGUCAUAUCAAACGGCUGGCAAACGAGGCCGGCGUAAAGAUACUGGACCACAACAUCAUCUACCACCUCGCAGAUGACAUCAGGGACACCUUGUCCGAGCACCUGGCUCCCGACAUCUCGACGAGGGUUCUCGGCGAAGCCGAGGUGCUGCAGGUAUUCCCCAUCAACCUCAGGGGUCGUGUCUUCAAGAAUAUUGCCGGGUGCAGGGUGAGGAACGGGCAGGUGAGCAGGAACGCAAAGUAUCGCGUCCUGCGCCGCGGGGAGAAGGUCUUUGAAGGAGACGUUGACGCCCUCAAGCACGGCAAGAAGGAGGUAGCGGAGAUGCGUAAAGGAGCUGAGUGUGGCAUCUCCUUUGUGGACUGGGAGGAGUUCCGUGUGGGUGACCAGAUCCAGGCGUUCGAGGAGAUCACCAAUAAGAGGCACCUGUAAUAAGUGGCAAGUAAGACUUACAGCAGACAAGAGCAUCGGUUGGUCAUAUAUCGGGGUGGUUGGCUGGGGACGUCAUGUCAUGUUAUGUACGAGUACAUAUGGCCGCAUUGUAGACUAGAGGGGCACUAUAGACCUACCUUAUGUACUAUAUUGAUACACAUCUCACUUGGAUCGAACCGUGGUGUGCCCAGGUG